AUGGAUGAUAAAAAGGGGAAAAAACUCUCGAGUCCUAAAAUUUUAAAGAGCACAAAGGAGGAAAGGAUCUUAAAAAAACACGAUGAAACAAAAUUAAAAUGGGAGAGGCAAAAUAAAAUAUUAAAGGAUAAAACCAAGAAGAAAGAAACGUUAGGGGAACAGGCCGAAAAAUAUAGGACAAAAAAUGAAAUAAACAACAUAGUUGAAUAUAUAAACCAAGAAGAGAAAAAAAAAGUUAACUGGACAGAAAACCUGAGAUAUGAAACCCAAAAAAUAAAAUUCAAAGAGACAAUAAAUAAAAUGAACUUAAAAGAAAAUAAGAUGUCAUAUGAAAGUAAAAGAAUAUUUAAUAAAGUAUUCGAAAAAGAAAUAUCAUACAAAAAAAAAAAAAAUACAUGUACAAAUAAUAUUGAAGAAAUAAUAAAUGAUGAUGUAAAUUAUUUAAGUCCAUCAUAUAAAACAAAUAAAGAAAGAAAAAAAGAAAAAUAUGAAAGUAUAUUAAUUGAUAAGAUAAAAAAUAAUGUGGAAUUUUUUUUAUCAAAUUUUGCUGUUCCUUUAGAUAGUCCUCUAUAUAUAAAAGGAGAGAAAAUUAAAAAUCAAGAAAGUGAUGAAACAUUAUUGUUAUCAGAGAAUGAAAUAAAGGACAUGAACAUAUGUGAACAUAAUAAUAAUAAUAAUAAUGGUGAUGAUAAUAAAUAUAAAUGGAGUGAAAACAAAUAUUUAAACAAUACAUGUAAUAAAAACCAAGUUAAUUAUCUUAAAAUAAAUUGUAAAUUUAUUGAAAUAAAUAAUUGUGGAAAGGAAAUGUAUAAUAAAUAUAUUAUUCUUCAAAAUUGUUCUUCAAGUGUAAUACUUUAUAAAAUAAUUUUAAAAAAAAAAAUAUUAUUAAAUGAUAACAAUAAUAAUAAUAAUAAUAGUAAUAAUAAAAUAAAAUUAAAGGAUGGUUUAUAUUUUGAUGAAGAUAAAAACUAUACUCUUUUUAUAUAUCCUAAUUCUGGUUAUAUAAAACCAAGUGGAAGCAAACAAAAAAUACUCCUAACAUUUAUAUUUGAAUAUAUUGUUAAUACAUUUGGAUGUAUAACUAUAAAAUAUUAUUGUAAUAAUAAUAUUUUUAAAGAACAUGUAUAUAUAUAUAUAAAUUCUUUUUUUACUAUUAAUCAUAUGGAUGAAAGAAAUUAUUUAGAAUAUAAUAAACAAAAUGAUAAAUCCACAGAUCAACAUUCUUUAUAUGAUAAGCUAAUUCAUAAUCUACAAAGAAAUCAAAUCAAACAUAUAACAAAUAGAAAAGAAGAAAAAUUUUAUAUUGAUAAUAAUAAAAAAAUAUAUAUAUAUGAAUCAAUAUAUAACAUAAUCAAUAAUAUAUAUCCUAUAAGAAUAAAACAAAUUUCUAAUAUAUUAAACUUUAUUAAUUCUACUUAUAAUAUAAAAAUUAAUUAUAUAAAUAUACAACCUUUUCUUGCAUUAUUAAGCAAAAUUAAUAAUUCUGCAUAUAUAAAAUUAAAUUAUUAUAUAAAAAAAAAAAAAAAGAUACGUCAAAAGGGAAACAUUAAAAAUAAUCUUAAUAAAUAUAAAACAUAUAAACAUAAAACAUAUAAACAUAAAAUGUGUAAACAUAAAACAUAUAAACAUAAAAUAUGUAAAAACCCAAAUUAUAUGAACACUUAUAAAAUUCAUUAUCAAUAUAAACCACAUACACUAAAGAUUGUUCCUUUUUUUAAAAAGAAGAAGAACCAAUGUAAUAAUAUUAUACAACUUAAUAAAGAUAAAAAAGAAUAUAAUAAUAAUAUUUCUUUAGAUAAAAGACAUGAACAUAUAUUACAUUCCUCAGACGAUAAAGAAAAUAAAAAUAUUCAAUCCUUUUUUAAUUAUAUGAAAUGUAAAUUUCUUUCAUCACAUCAAAUAUAUACAAAUAAUGAUGAAUCCAUAGAAUUUUUCAUGUUCCAUUUUUUUUUACAUGAAUAUUCUGACUUAUUAAAGAAAGGAAAUCUAAAUCAAUAUAUCCUAUCAAAAAAAUAUAAAAUAAAAAAUUAUGAUAAUUCUGAAAAAAAAAAAUAUUAUGUAUAUAUAUCUAAUUAUAAUAUCACCAAUUGGAAGCAUAUAAAUAAUUUAUAUCAACAAAUAUAUAACACAUUCAAUCAAAAUAAAGAAUAUUCUUUGAAUGUUUUUAUAUAUAUCAUACGAACAUAUAUAUGCCAGCUAAUAUUAUAUUAUAAAAAAAUAAACUCGUUUUCUUAUAAAGAUAAAAAUAAAAAUGAAAAUAAAGAUAAAAAUAAAAAUGAAAAUAAAAAUACUACAACUGGUGUAGAAAAGGAAGAAGAGAUAGAAAAAAAAAUAAUUCCAGUGAAUAAUAUGGAAAAAAAUAUUUUAUAUAAUAAUAAAGAAGAAAAAGAUGAAAAAAAAGAUGAGAAAAAAUAUGAAAAAAAAGAUGAGAAAAAAUAUGAAUUCAUAAAUUUUUUAAAUUAUACUAGUAAUAAAUUUUGUGUUGAUUUAUAUAACCCUUGUCUUAAAUAUUUAAAAGAAAAAAAAACUUUUUUUUUUUUUAUUAAUUUUAUGUAUCUUCAGAAUAAAUUAUAUAUAUCACCUAUGUUUUAUUUUUUUUAUUAUAUUGAAUUAAUAAGAUAUGUGUAUUCUUUGUUUAAAUGGAGGCUUGUAAAAGUAAACAGCAUUAAUAAUAUAAAUAAUAAUAAUAUAAAUAAUAAUAAUAUGAAUAAUAAUAAUAUAAAUAAUAAUAAUAUAAAUAAUAAUAACACAAAUAAUAAUAAUAAUAAUAAUAAUAACAUAAGAUUUUUUGAUCAACCUUGUUGUAAUAAAUCCCCUGUUGAUAUUUCAGAUAGCAAAAAUAUUUUCAUUCAUAUGGAUCAUAAACUUUUAAUCGAAAUUAUCAAUUAUAUAUAUGAAUUGUAUAUAUCCAAUAAACCUAACGAUAAUGUCAAUUAUAUAAAGGAAUGUAUUAUAUAUUUAAUUUCUUCUAUUCUAAUAUAUGCAGAUAAAAAUGUAAAAAAUAUGUAUAUUUUUAUUGAUUAUAUAUUUAUUUAUAAUCAUCAUAAAAAUAAAAACAAAGAAAAUAUCAACAAACAAGAACAAAAUAAUCCUUUGAAUGAUAUGAAAACGUUUUAUGAAAAUAUUUUUUUAUUUUUUAUUUUUCCUUUUUUAAAAGAAUAUAUAGAUAACAUAGGAACACGUAUAUAUAAAUUACAUCUUAUAAAAAAUGAACAAGACACACUUUUAUUCUUUAAAAAAAAAUUUAAUUAUAUAAAUUAUGAAGAGAAUUAUUCUAAUAUUUAUGAGGAUAAUAAGACAAAUGACACGAGUGGUGUCGAAACUAUAUGUCUUUUAAAUGAAAAUAUAAAAACCUUUGACAAAAUAAACAAAUAUAAUGAUAUAAAAAAUGUGGAAGACAGUAACAUUCCUCUCUUUUUUAAAAAUUUUAAAAAUCAGAAUGAUCAAAAUGAUAAAAACAAUAAAAUAUUUAAUGAUGAUAAUAAAGAGGAGCAAGAGCAAGAGCAGGAGGAGGAGGGACAUAUAUUGUUUAUAUUUAAUAAAGAAGAAUUUAGUCAGAUUAUAUAUGAAAAUUAUUAUAUACAAUUAAAUGAAGCGAUAAAAGAAAAAUUAAACAAACUGAAAUGUUUAUAUAAAGUUGAAUCGAAGGAAGAAGAAAAAAAAAAUAAUAUAAAUAUGAAUACACAUAAAUAUAUAAAUAAUGUUCAAGUUAGUGUGGAGAGUGUUAUAGAAACUGAUAAUAUAUUUAAUAGUGAGGAGAAAAAUAAAAAGAAAAAAAAAAAGAAGAAAAAUAAAAUUAAAAAUAAUAAAAAUGAUAAAAAUGAUAAAAAUGAUAAAAAUGAUGAUAACAAAAAAAAUGAUGACAAUAAAAAUAAUGAUGAUAAUAAAAAAAAUGAUAAAAAUGAUAAAAAUGAUGAUAACAAAAAAAAUGAUGAUAAUAAAAAAAAUGAUGAUAAUAAAAAAAAUGAGGAUAAUGGUAAUAUUAAAAAUUCAUCGAACAUAUCACAAUAUAACAAUCAAAAGAGAAAAAAAAGAAAAUCUAAAGAAUGUAAAGAGUUCAAAAAUAUAAAACAUAAAUUCGUGAAUUUUCAUUUUAUAAAAUUAUUUGAUAUAUUAAAUAUAGAUACUUAUAUUAUAGAUGAUAAGAAUAUAUUAAAUAAUAUAAUAUCAAUGAAUAUUCUAAAAAAUAUAAAUAUACAAAUAGGUUUAUAUAUACAUAGAAUAAUAUAUUGUCUUCUUUAUAUUUUUAAUUUUAUAUCUGUGAAUCAUAUAAAUAUAUUAUAUAAUUAUUAUUCUGCUUAUUUAAAAUAUUUCUUAUUUGAUUCUUAUAUGGAAUAUAAUUCAAAUAAUAUUUAUAAAUUAUAUUAUUUUAUAAUUCAAUAUUUUUAUUUAUUUCAAUAUAUGAAUCAAAAUAAUUUUUCUAUAUAUAUACCACUAUCUUCAAGUUUUGAUUUUUUUAAAUAUUUGAAAGAAAUAAAUAAAUAUAAACAUAAUCAUUAUGAUAAUAAGAAGGAUAUAUAUAGCUUUAAAACGAUAGAAUAUAUGAAGAAAGAAAAAAUGGAAGACUCAUCGGUAGUUGAGAAAAUAUUUGUAUCUUCAAAGUGUGAAAAGAAAUCCUUUUUUUUAUCAUCUUUAUAUACAUCAUGUUAUUUUAAUUUCUUCAAAUUUAAUGAUAACAAAGAAGAAAUAUAUAAAGAUUUAUAUAAUUCGCAUAUAUCACUAGAAAGAGAAGAAACAAGAUAUAUAUGUAUCUUAUCUCCAAAUAUAAAGAAUAAUAUGUUAAGUAUUAUAAAUAUGAGAAAAAUAAAGGAAUGGUUGAAAUUAUUAAACUUAUUAAUUUUUUUAAAAAUAAAAGAUGUGUAUAUAUCUGGAGACUUGUUUUCUUUAUUUCUUUUUUUUUUAUAUGAUGGUAAUAUUAUAAGAGGUGAGAUGUGUGAAUCUCAAAAAAAAAAAAAAAUAAAUAAUAAUAAUAAUAAUAAUAAUAAUAAUAAUAUAUAUAUUAAGUUUGAUAAUAAUUAUAAUAUGCAAACAGAAAAGAAAAAAGGAAACCCUAAAGAUUUACAAAAUAAAAGAAACAAAAAAAUUAAAAAUAAUAAUAUGACAAAUAUAUUAAAUAUGAAACAUAUGGAUGAAUCAAAACAUUUUAUAAAAAAUAAUCAUCAUCUUAUUAAUAUGAAGAAUUAUAUAAACUUCCAAUUUUGUGACUUAUCUUCUCUAUCUGAAAAUGUCUUGUUGUUAUUAAAGUUUUCUUUGUUUAAUAUUUUUAAUUUAUAUGACAAAUAUAAAAUAAAUAUACACCUUCCAAAAGAUUUAAUUAUAAAAAUAAAUAAAACACAAUGUAGUGACCUUACAUUUAAUUCUUCUUUAUAUUCAUCAUCUAUUUCUUUUUCUGAUCAUAUUAUAUUAUAUGGUCUAUUACCACAUAAAGAUUAUAAAAGUAUGAUAUUAUUUGCUAAGAAAAACUUUUAUAACAAAUAUAAAAAUAAAUUAAAGAAAAUAAAAUUGUAUCCAAUGAGUGCCCUAGUAAAUAAUUUUAUUAAAAAAAACAAACAAAAUGACAACCAUCACUCUCAUCAUUAUAAAGAUGACGAUGAUGAUAAUCUUAAUGAUAAUGAAGAAAAAACAAUAUAUUAUUAUCAUACAGAUAAUAUAAUAAAUACUUCUCAAAAUAAUAUUAAGAAAAUGUCUAUUAUUAAUAUAGGAAGUCUCACACUUUAUCAUAUAUUAAAAAAUAUAAAUGAACAAAAUAAAAUCUUAUGGUUAUGUGGAUCUCUAGAAAAAAAUAUAAAACAAAAUUAUAAAAAUAGUAUACAUAUAUUUCAAUCAAUUUAUAAUAAAAAACAAAAUCAACAAACUUUAAAUCCAACCAUUCAUUCUAACAAAAUAUAUUUUAAUAAUUUUAUAAUCUUAAACAAACAAAUAUAUUGGUUAUAUUACAAUGAGCUAAGUAAAAAUAUAUAUAUACCUUUUAUAUAUAAAACAUAUAAGAUCUUGUUACAAAUUUUUGAUAGAAAAAUUUCAAAAAAGGACAUCAUAUCUUACAUAUAA